UCCCCCCUCGGAAGCCUCGGAGUCCCGGAAAAAAAAAAGCACCAUGCUGGCUGCGCUGGCGAUCGCCCGGCGGGGGCUCUUGGGGGGCGGCUCGGGCAUCACUUUUUCUCGGAGUAUACAGACAGGCGUCCAGAGAUUUCAAACAUUACUGCAAAACACAGACUCAGCAACAGACAAAGAGCUAGAUUCCACACAGUCAAAGGGCUUCAGCUAUUUCCCUCCAGUGCUGGGAGAAGAAAGUUCCUUGCGGUGGGAUGGAAAGAAGUUUGAAGAAAUCCCAAUCGUUCAUAUCAAAGCUACCUACAAUAA